UGGCCUUUUAAACUACAGUUAUUUGAACCAUUAGAAGGGUAUAAAAUGUGCUGCAAAUCUUUGAACUAUAUUCAUCGAAAUUACUGAGGGAACGCCACCAAUGUUCGGUUCGGGAAGAUGGUUGUUGCAGAAAAUUCGGGUUCCACGGAGCUCUCCUCAAAGGUUUGCUUAAAGUUUUAUGUAUACUUUACCGAGUCCUCUGAUCGGAUAAUCGCCAUCAGAACUUAUUUCCGCCAUUUUGUGUGCAUUGUGAGUCAUCAAAAACUUUUUUUUUCUCGUUCAAUGCUCUGUCAGAUUUCAAACGAGCGGCGAUCAAAGAACUCAAUGUCGAUUCUGCUAUGAGCUACUGGUUCUAGUCAAUUCUUUCUCCCAAAUGAAAUCAGACGUUAUUUUGCUCUUGAGCACUAAUUUUUGAUUUAAACGUUAACUGUUUAGAGAUCUGGUAUGAUUUUGUUACCAUUGUUUCUUAUUACUCGGUUUAAAAAUUGUGUUGGAUAGCGGGAUUUCUCGAAAUAGGAUCGAUCUUUCUUCGAAGCUUGGUGGAAUGUUUUUAGAUCACGAGUGGAAGAGAAGUAUCUUUCGAAGUAUUUCUCCUCGAUUGUGGAUAGCGGUCAUUUAAACAUGCAAGCGGUAAAAGAGGCUUAAUCUUUCAGUAUCAAUGGUGUAAUUCUAUUGUUAAUUUCGCGGAAAGUGAUAAAUGUAUCCACCAUUUCUGGGUCGGACAUCGACAUUGACGAGCGUCACACGCUUGACAAAGUUUGACACUGACAACAGAUCAGUUUCCCGCGUCUGCUUCGGUUAUUCACGGCCGUUAAACCUCGCAAGAUCAAUGGACAAUAGAUUUUUCUUGGUUUGGUUCUAAAAAUUUGUCAUUAGCUCUCAAAUUUCUAUCUGUUUUUAUAUUUAACCCUGCUGAUGAGGAAAAGGUGGAUCGUGCAAUCUAUAAGUUUACAUGUUUUCGUCUCGGGAGAAGAUUUACACCUGUCCGGUUUUUAGCAAAAUAAAUUUCCGUUCGAUUUCCUUGUAUAAUUUUGUGUCAUCAUUAAAGCUUGGCUCAAUUAAAAAUAUGAAGCAGUAUUCAGUAUAUUUUUAAUCCUUUAAGCUAAAAGCUGGCCAACUGAGUUUUAGCUGAAAAAACUCUUCUUUGUUUAUUUUUAUACGUGGUUACUGAAAAAAGUGAAAAGUGCUUAGGAGUUCAAACCCUUUAGGGAAUUCAGUUUUUAAAGAUUUUCUCUUUACAUAUCACUUUUUUGUUUCUUUGGUACUUUCUCAAUGUCAUUUUCUGUUAAAAAAGAAAAAGUACAAUUUUUUGUAACUAGGUUAAGUUUUUUGUCUUAAAAUACAUGAAACAAGACUGCAAAUUAUGUGUUUGGCUUAUUAAAAAACAACCUUAAACUAUUUCGCAGACGUUUCGUAAUAAAGGUAGCAAUUUCUGUCUAGUUAUUGCUAGUUUUUAUCUUUUACAGUGUAUUUUGUAUUAAGGAAACUAAUUUUGAAUUCAUUUUUGCCUGCACCUGGUUAUUGAUUGCAUUGGUAAAUAACAGACACAAAUUAUUUUCUGUGUUAAUUAAUUGCUUUAUCUUUUUGCUUUUAUCGUCCAGAAUAUUUUCAUUGGGGCUGCUCUUGCUAUUGUAGGAAAUCUACUAAUCAGCAUCUCUAUGAACAUACAGGUAAAGAGAAAAGUGUAUAUCCUAAUAUAUCCUUGUAUAAGGGUGUUGUUGCUCGAAGUUUGAGAUUGUUAAUUAUUUAUUUAAGAUCUCCCUCACAUUGUUAAAUCAAAAAAAUAGUUCUCACGUGAAUUUGGAAUAAAAUUUUUCAUUUUUGUUUUCUAUCUUAAGUCAUGUUUUCUAUUUCAAAACAAUCUUUGCAUUUUUAGGAUGUGUAGGUUUUUAGAUCAAACAAGACUUGUUUGAUCUAAGAACCUACAUAUCCUAAAAAUGCAAAGUUUGUUGUCUUUUGUUUUCAUACCUCAAGGAAAGGGUAUGAAAAGCUAGACAGAAUCCAGUGCUUUGAACCUGUGAAAUCUAGGGUACCCAGUGUAUGAUUUCUAGUGGAAAUUUAAGAUUUUCCAGUUGACCAGAAGCAAAUGUUAGGCACUUGGGGCCACUAGGGGCAGCUACAUAUAGAACACAGCCUUGGACUUGGUUCAAAGAUUUUCUUUGAUAGAAAAAGAGUUUUUCAAAUACUUUAUCUCGUUGGUUUCUUUUCUCUUGCAUCUUCUAUAAUUAUUAUUGAAACUCCACAGUUAAAUUUUGAAGUCUAGACAGUACAUUAUUUCCUUAUUUUUUUAUGUGUUCAAGUGUCCAAGAAACACAAAAGCAAACUAAACAGUUUGCUUUCCAAAAAAUCCUUAAAUUAAUUACCUUGUGCAUGGUCUAAUAUUAUUUCAUUUAUUUAUACUGUUCUAAGUAUCUUCAGAUCCUUAGAUAGUUAUGAAUGAAAAAGAUUCCUUGGAUGGAUUAACUCAUCCAUUAUUAAAAAUACUGCUUAACGUGUAAGAAGUGUAUUAUAGUUUAUGCUGAAUAAUUGUUUUCCCUGAGACCAAACCUUAAAAAAAUAUUGCUGAUUUGUUGUUGUUGUUGUUGGUUUUUUGUACUUUGCAUGAAACAGAAAUAUUCUCAUCUUCGCCAAGCAGAGGAAAAAAGUGAAACACAUUAUUUAAAGAGUAAAAUAUGGUGGUAUGUGUUUGAAUUUCUUGCUACAUGCUGUAUUUUUCUAGUCUAUGGAUCAGAUAGAAUUUUCCUAAUUAAUUAUUUAUGGCAAGGAAAAUGUAUGAUGUAUUUCAUUUACACUUUGGUUGUCAGUGUAGAAUACAUGUAAUUCAAUCAGCCCCAUGAUUUUUAAUACUGUAAGCUGUUAAAUCAAAUUUUUACAAGCUGUAACAAAAAAAAUACAUGUUCUGACGUGUAAAAAUUUGCUAUACUUAAAUUUCAUCGUAACAUCUUUGCUAAGGUUUCUAAUGCAUGGAUUUUGCCCAUAAAUGAAAACAUGUGAAUAAGAGGAAGAAGAAGAGUAAUAAUAUUAUUAUAAAUAUAAUUUUAUUAUAUUGAUGUUGCCUGCCCAUUCAACACCAAAAUAGUUGUUAAGCAAGGAAAUAGAGAAGACUGAUAAAUACUGUGACCUGGAAUACGAGAUCAAAAUAAUGAAUUUGGAACUGUCAUUCAAUUCAAGUCAUUUCAAUAGUAAUUGGUUCACUGGGAACAGUUUCAAGUGGAUUUGAAAUGUGGCUGAGACAGUUGGGAAUUCCAUAUUGCAUGAAACUUUUACAACAAAUAACCUUGCUGGGGUCAGGAAGGAUGCUGCAAAAAGUGCUGGAGACUUAAUUAUAUUAAGGACAGAAUGAUGGCCCGGAGUAUCCUAGGCCACAGCUGCCUGCAGGCAGCGUGACCCGAUACUCAGUAACAUUUCCUGCAUUAUGUAGUGAUAAGCUUACAAUAACAAUGAUGGUAAUAAUAAUAAUAAGAAGAAAUAAUAAUAAUAAUAAUAAUUUAGAAGAUUAUUGGUUACCCCCAACCAAACUCCCAGGGUACUUAGGAAGCUCCUGCCCUCUAGUAUGGAUUGAAGAACAUCUCUCUAAGUGUCAGGGCUGACUCAUGACUUUAAGUGAGGAGGCUGUGGAGUCUUUCCUCAUAGUAAGUCUUUAUUUUUUGGAAAAAGUGAAGACAGCUUAGACUCCCCAGCACUCCUAGUACAAAUAAUCACAGAAGCACUGGCUAGUCAGAGAAAAUAUGUCAAGAAAAUUCUUUCCUUGAUCACUCAAAUGAACUGCAAUACACCUUUCAGGGCCUUGCAAAUUAAAACUUUCUUGGAGAAGGCACACUCGCCAAAUUAAAGAAGGGGGUGAGCCCCUACCCAGCCCCUCCCAUUCUAACCCCCAAGUGUGUUUUUGCCAUGUAAAAGGUGCUGAUUUGCUUCUAAUCCGCUCUAUUGCUGCUUACAUGAUUUUUUUUUGCAUACAUUGUUUUAAUUUUUCUGGAAAAUCGUCAACUCCUUGUGUUCACUGUAGGAAUUAUAAGUGCAAACCAUUAUAUUAUAUUGUUCUUAUGUUGUUAUUACUUUUAUAUUUAUAUUUCUUAUUAUGUGUUCUUAUUAUUCUAAUUAUUAUUUAUUAUUAUUAUAUAUCAUUAUAUUCAAGGCUGUACUCUAAAAAAAAUUAAAGGGAGCCCAGUGCUCUGAACUGGUGAAAUCCAGUGUGCCAAGCAUAUGAUUUCUAUGAGAAAGCUAAGAUUUUCUAGUUGUCCAAGAACAAAAGUUAGGCGCCAUGGGCCACCAGGCUCUGCUAAGGCACAGCCUUGAUAUUGUUUUUAUAUUAUUGUAUUAUUAUAUUAUCAGGGUGGGUCUUACUUUAAUGGUUCUUGGAGAAAUAGGAAACUUUUCAGCAUAUGGCUUUUCUCCAGCUUCAUUGGUUGCUCCCCUGGGAACCACUACUGUCAUUGGUAUGUUAUGUUUUUCUUGUCUUUCUUUAAUUACAAAAAAUGAAUGGAGAGGAGAAGUCGUUACGUCUUGUUAUAUUUACACCACGGUAGCAAGAUUUCUGGAUUAGAAACCAGAAACAUCACUUAAAAAGUGAAUUCGCACUUUAUCAAACUGCAUGGAUCUUACCGGGUAUUUAGUUUCAUUUACAUAUAAUUUGUCAAAUGUUGGCAAAAUUUUCUGGGAUAGAAUCCAGAGGGACCAUCGUAAGUUAAGAAAAGAAAAAGAACAUUUUUGUAUUGUUUUCCUGCUUCAUAAAGUGCAGUCAUAAUUAUUAUUCAUCCUUGUUUCAUUGCCAGUCUUAUUUAUGUACUUUUCCAUUUAAUUCUAGGCCCCGGUUCAAACGUUGAAUUUCACAUGUGCUGAACUUAACCCAAGAGUUAAAUGCAUGUGAAGUGCGACAUUUGAAUCAAUUAAAUGCAACGUUUGCCUAUCUGCGACUGAAACCGUCGAAGAUUUGACUUAGGUUCGACUUUUGAUUCAAACGUCGCAUUUCACGUGUGCCGAACUUAACGCAUGAAUUUUAGUAAAUUAUUAUUAUAUUACUGGGAAUAUUGACAGCGAGCAGAGUUAAAUCUGACAGAGUUCAGAGAGUUAAAUUCAAUGUUUGAAUCAAAUGCAGUAUUUAACUAUUUUAGUUGACUAAAAUAGGAAUUAAUUUUGGCACAUGUGAAAUUUGAUGUGUGAACUGGGCCUAAUAGUUAUUUUUUAUUAAUCUUCCUUUGAAGCUAAUGCCAUUAUAGCUGUGGUGUUUCUGAGGGAAAGAGUGAGAUAUCAGGAUGUGUUUGGUAAGUAUUGUACUACUACGUGAGAAAUUUCUGCAAUUUGAUUGGCUUAGAGCAGUGGUAUUUCAGCUUAAUUUGAAAUACCUACAUGUGAAAAUUACAAACCUUUUGCUAGUAGUAGUAUAAGCAAAUAAUAGCAUGAUUUGUAUGUGAUAUUAAUUAUUUGGCACAAAUACCGCUUGUGAUAUUUUAAAAUUGACUCAAAUUUCACUCGCCUAACGGCUUGUGAAAUUACGUAUAACAAUUUCGAAAAAUCACUCAUGUUAUUUAUGCCAAACAUCACUAAUUACCUAUACUAAUUUCAUCUGUUGAUAAUAAUAAUAAUAAUAUCUACAUUUAGAUGACAAUUUAGUGAGGGCACAUCAACAGUGUCAUUCUUUAUCUACCAUUCUGAAUCAAAUUGGAAAUAUUGUCAUGGGUUAUAAUCAAUGAUCGAUCAUUUGGGUUAAUCCAAUAAUUUCUGAUUAUCGAUUAUCUAAUCUUAGUCGAUUCCCAGGGUUCUCAGUAAGGGCUGGCGGCUGGCGAAUUUCACCAGCUAUUUCACGUGAACUCACUGCCUACUUUUCUUCAGAAAUUACCCCCCAAAAAAGCCAAAAUUUAAUGAUGUCUGUGUUCUGUUCAACACUAAUUUUUGCUCCAGAAUGCUGGAAAUGCACUCUAAGAGGCCCAUAUUUCAAAAGUUUUCCCGGGGGCAUGCCCCUGGAUGGACCCCCCUUGUAACUCAUGCAACCACCCAUUAGACCAAAAAACCCCUUACUAAGAUGUACAGUUGUAUAAGUCCAGGGCUUACAAAAAUGGACUUGUAUAAGUGGCAAUUUAUGGCAUGUUGCUUUACAAAGUAAUGGUUGCUAAUAACAACAUAUCAAACACUUUUUCUCCUUUUGCAGGUGUUACCCUUGCUAUUGUUGGAGCUUUCUUGCUGAUAACCUUUUCGACAAAGGUAUUGUGUUUAAAAGCAAUUAAAGUUAAUUUAAGGAAGCAAUGUUCCUACAGCAACUGUUGAUGGCUAAAUCAGUGGAACCAUGUUGGUUUAGUAAUGCUUGUAGUUUGUUUCAGAAGUCAUGCUGUACUUGUUAAUAUUGUUUCAGUCAUACCUUUUGCUUUCCUUUGAAAUUUGAACCAUGUCUUUUAAAUCACUUAUUGGAAAUUUUCUGUUAAACUGCAACAGGGUUCGCACAGUCAUGAAAAGUCCCUGAAUUUUAGGGGAAGUCCUUGAAUUCCAUUUUACCCUUGAAAAGUCAUUAAAUUUUUCUCCUUCUUCAACUUUGAAUGAAGUGGCAUGAAAAGUGUUUUUUAAUGCUUUUUGGUUGUCCAAGACAGAAUAUAAUCAUAGCUCAGAGAAGUUAAAGGUGAUUUACAUAAAGCGUUUUUUGUUUUAUGCAAUAAUUAACUAUUAAUAUUUUAUUACAAGUGUAAUGAAAAAUGUAGAGAGUUUGGUGGAGCAUACAGUUCAAGCUUUAAAGUCCUGUUAGAAUGGACUGGGAAUGUGCAUUUUUGUACAAUCUGUGAAAUUGCUUUCCUGGUAGGAGGUCCUUGAAAAACAAAUGUGGACCUUGGAAAGUCCUUGAAAAGUCCUUAAAAGAUAGUUGCAUUUUUUUGUAUGAACCCUGAAAAAAAGAAGACACAGAGGAGUGGAAGCAGAGAAAAAUCACUUUUUUAUGGUAAUAUUUUAUGAUGGAAAUAAAUAUACAGUUAUUUAUGUCUCAAUCAGGAAUUUUCAGAAUUAACAGGACAGGAGUUGGCAAUUUAUCUGAGACAGUGGCCCUUCCUUAUCUACUUGGUAUGGUAUUAUAGUUUAUCAAAUAAAUUAAUGGUGCUUUUGUUUGUAGGAUGGUUAUAAUAUUCAGCGUGCAAAGAAAGUUGUGUCUGAUAGCCCGGGGCUAGUGGAUUUUGCUGUCGGGCUAGUGAUUUUUGUUCUUAACUUGCCCGAUGGGCAAGAGCUGUUUUGGGGGGAAAUUCAAAUUACAGAAGGAUUGUAAUCCAUCCUGCCAAUCAAUGCUAGCUACAGCUUGCCUGAAUGGCAGGCUGUAAAACUGACUUUCUUUGUACCCUGAUAUUGUUACAUGGUUUCAGGCAUCCCAGACCUCCUAUGUUUCCUAUUUAUCCUAUAAUUUGUAUAAGAUCCUAUAAAGAGCCUAUAUUUCAAAAAAUCCUGUAUUUUCCUAUAAAUAGGACAUAUUCUGAUAUCUGCAUUUUGCACUGUGAAGCAAUUUUGUUGUGUUGUUUUAACAAAAUCAAAAUUCUGUAUCAGUGGAAAUGGUAUUUUUUAAAUUUUUUUAAAAUUUUUUAUCCUAUUAAGAGCCUAUAUUUUGGCAGAAAAUUCCUAUAUUUUCCUAUAUUUUGAACUUAACAGCCUAUUUUUCCUAUCAGAUUUUCCAAAAAGUGGCUGGGAUGCCUGUGGCUUGUAAAGACUUGAAAAGCACUUCAGCCACCGUCUCAUAAAAUCUUGGCAUCUUACUUGAGUUGUGGAAGAGUUCUUGAACUUUAUAUCACAGGGUUUGCAAAUUUUAUUGAUGAGUGGAGUCGGUGUGACUCUGCUUCACAAAUUUUGGAGUCAUUUUAGAAUAUUUGGAGUCAAGUAUCACAACGAAAAAAGCCAUUUUCAGACUUUCCAGCACGUGGUCGUGGCAUGUAUACACUAUCGUGAGGUAUACGCGAAGUAGCUGUGGCAGUCCGCUGACCUGGAAAGCUCAAAUCCAUGAUGGCCAUCAUCGAGUAAACUUUGAGCGUAAUUUACCCUCUUCCUGUUUUGUCGUGCAGUAUAAUAUUAUUUAAUUUCGAUGAUUUAAUUAAGGUUUACAACGUUUACAAUUAAUGUAAAUUGUACUUGUUGUGAAAAAGGUGAGGACAAAACUGUGUUUGUUACCGAAAAUUUCUGGAGUCGAAGUGACUCCCUCCGUAACCUCAGUGGAGUCAUCUGAACAAUUAUUUUGGUGUAAAAUACACAGUUGCAAAAUAGUUCUUUCUCUACCUUUCUCAAAACAAAUACAAUCUAUCUGAACUGCAGACAUUUGAAACCUGAUUUAAACAGACUAAUUUACGGUAUAUUCUACAUGAAGAGGCUAAAUUACAAUGAAGAAAACUCGAACAAUGAUCACCAUCAUGGAUUUAAGCUUUUUGAGGUCAGUGGACUUUCACAUGAGGCCGCAGCUACUUUAUGUUUCCAUCAUGAUUGCGCAUACUUGCCAGAGCCAUGCACUGGAAUGGCAUCCGUGUCGAAAAGACCAAGGGAAGAACCAUUGAAGGAAUAUCACAUUGCUUUUUCCGUUGUGUUAGUUGACUCCAAAUAUUCCAUAAUGACUCCAAAGUUUGUGAAGCAGAAGUCACACUGACUUUACCCAUCAGCAAAAUUUGCAAACCGUGUUAUUGUAUGUGGAUUUUAGGACUUAAAGGGUAAAUGUAAAAGUAUAGUAGAAAAGCCUGCCAGGAAGUUGAGAAAAUUUCAGUAUGUUAAGUCUGUGUAUGUGUUGAAUAUAAGCCUUGACAGCAGUAAUUUGAACUUGUUUUCAGGCUCUGGAAGCUGUGAUAUUCUGUGGCUUACUGUUUGCUCAGUGGCGCUAUCAGUUGGAAAAUGUUGUUAUAUUCCUUCUUCUUGUGGCAUUAUUAGGUACUUUUUUUUAUUGUAACAAUAAUAUUAUUGGAUUAAGCUGUUCCAUGUAUCAAUGUGAUUUUUAAAAUGAAUUGCAUAAACUGAGGGGCCCUCCGUUGUGACUGCUAACAGCAGCAUAAUAAUUCUGGCUAUUGCAUUGGUGUGUAAAUUUUCUAAAAUACAGUGUUUGAUCCAGAAACAACAGAUCUUAACAUGAUAUAAAAUUAUUUAUUUUAUAAACACCAAUGAGCUUUUGUGCAAAAACAUGAUAUCUUCACAUGUAAAAAUAACAUUUUAACUUCACACAUGAAAAGAUCAGUGUUGCUAUGGCUACAAAUAGUUUGGUAUUUCAUUGGUGUGUAAAAACAUUACAUAGCCGCUUGGAGAUACAAAAUUUAUUUUUGAGUAUUGAAAAAUAUAUCAAUUGUUUACUGUGCUCAAACCCAAAGAGAAAUUUUGUAUCUUUGCUCGGCCAAGUAAUAUCCUCUAUUUUUUAUAUAAACACCAAUGAAAUACCAGGUGAGCUUUUGUGCGAAAACUUGAUAUCUUCACAUGUGAAAAUAUCACCUUUGCUAUGGCUACAUAAUAAAUUGUGCCUUUCACAGCAAAAAACUAUUAAAGUGAAAUGGUUUGGUAUGUCAUUGGUGUUUAUAUAAUAAAUAGAACAUUACAUGGCUGCUUGAUAUGAAAUUUUCACUCGUUCGCUGCGCUCACACGUGAAAUAUUUUUCAACACUCGAAGAGAAAUUUCAUAUCUCCUCACAGCCAUGUAAUAUCCUCUAUGUAUCCACCACAUAAUGUUGCUUAUUAACAUUACAUGUGAAGUUGAUGUUUGUCUUAGUGCUAAUGCUCAACAUUAUUCUUUUGUGCAGGCUCACUUACUGUCAUCUCAGCAAAGGCUGUGUCUUCCAUGAUUAAUAUAACCCUAAGUGGGAACAGUCAGCUAGGACACCCAUUGUUGUAUGUUAUGCUGAUUGUGAUGAUUUCAACUGCCAUCGCUCAAGUCAAGUAAGUCAUGUUGUGCAGUACUGUCACUCAUCUCUUUUUUCACUAAUUGAAGGGUAGCAUGGAAUAGAGUGUAAGGCCUCAGGUGUCCCCUGAUCUAAUGCAUGGUUCUCUGGAAGCUCCAGUAAAGGGCAGAGGUGGCUAUCUAAUUGCCAUGAAUGUGCUGGCUACUCAUUGAAAACACUUACUGUAAAUCCUCUAUUAAGCUAUUAUUAUUAUUAUUUUUUUCAAGCACCUUUGAGGGGGGGGGCGGAGUGGCAUAUUUAAUUUAGCUAAACGCAUCAACAGGAGCAAGGUUUCUUGAGGAUGGACCUGUGGUUCCCGGGCGUUAUACUGCUUUUUUAACAAUAAGAAAAAAUAAUAAUUAAAUGGUAACAAUUCUCCACAGAGAACUGGAGCAUAAAGUUGAAAAAGUUAAGCACAUGAAGUUGGAGGUCGUGCAGCCAAAGACCAAAAACAAUAUCAGGGUUGUCACUAAGAUUUCAAGUUGCCGGGUAAAUACAACAAGUAGGCGGUGAAUCAAACGGCUAGGGAUUUCUUUUGGUUUUAUUUUUCUUCUAUUUUCCAAUGAAAGUAGCCGGGGGCCACUCUCUUAGUAGCCGGGGAAAAUCCCCGGCCCCCGGCUCUUAAUGACAACCCUGCAAUAUGAAUCUCCAGCCUGAAUAAACCAUAACUGAUCAGUCCUAGUUAAUUUUUUGUGAAGAAUAAGGAUGGAGAGGAAGAGGAGUGGGGGUCUUAAUAGAGAGGCGGGGCUCAUUAACUUUCCUCCUCUGAAAACGAGGUUUAUGGUAUUUUUUCAUCCAAUGUUUUUGCUCAAAAAAGUAAAUCCAAGUGAAUAAACUUGUUGCUGUCCUCCAUCUCCCUGAUUGCUCAAAAUAGACUGAAACUGCAUAUUUUUCAGGACCCUCAAAAUCAAAAUUUCCCCUUGGGAAGCCCCCUAAACUCCCCUAAUCAAAGAGGGGUACCCCCUUCCCAUACCUUCCCCUUCAAGUGGGUGCACUGCAUGAAAGGUACUGUGCCUUUGAUCUACCUACUUAAUUUUUCUCUUUCUACUUCUAAUUUUCUGAAGAACCCAAAAUUCAAAAGGCAAAUUGGAAGGUGAAUCCACCUACUAUUAACGCCAAAAUUGCGUUUUAUACUUAUAGUACAUCCAGUUCAAAGUAAAAUUUUCAAGAGUUAUGAUUGGCAGAAGUGUACUUAAGCUAGUGAAUUGAGAUUUUACGUAAUAUGCAUGUAGCUUUCCGAUUUGUAGUUAGUCAGAUGGAUCUUUUGUUUUUAUUAAUAGGGGAUUAUAUUUGUUUUCCUUUUUUUCCAGAUUUUUGAACCGAGCCAUGCAGUCCUUUGAUGCUACUGUUGUUGUUCCCACAAAUUUUGUUUUGUUUACAAUUAGUGCUAUAAUAAGUGGUAAGCUUCUUUUUUUAAAAUCAAUAUUUAUCCAGGGGCAUCCAAUUUAGCAGAGCUAGUUUAAAUGGAGCCCUGACAAAACACGAAAACAAAGACAUUAAAACUAGACAAUUAAGUUACAAAGGCGACAUGAACCGCAGGCGUUACUGUUUAACAUGGCACUUUAGCUUUAUUUUGAAUUCGCUGAGCGUCUCAACCUGUCUAAUGAUUCUCGGUAGGAUGUGGUAGGUCCGAGCACCGUUUAUUCUGAAGCGACUUGAAGUUAAGAAAUGAAAGAUGUAUACAUGUUGUUAAGAAUUCACCAUCUUGACUUUAAGAAUCCUUGAAUGCCAGGACUGCUUGGGAAAUCCUUUUCUUAAGUCUUGAAUUUCUUGUAGAAUAUGAUGCAGCAAGCAAGAAAUGAAUGUGGUUAAUGAUAAUGAAUUCAUGAAUAAAGUCCAUAGCGAUACCCUUGACCUGACAUGAGUGUAAUAUUAAUUCUUAGAUAAAUAAAGAAUCAAAUGAAGAUAUGUUUUCUUAAUUUUAGGUAUUGUUUUAUAUAAAGAAUUUUAUGGGCUUACAUUCUUGGAAAUAUUUAUGUUUCUAUUUGGGUGAGUAUCUUUUGUCUUUGUUACCAGUUAGUUACGUUGAUGUUAAUGUCUCAGUAAUGACGCAAAAAGAAGCUGUGUCCGGGCGGUCUUGUUCAUUUUGACUAUACGUAUCUUUAUGCGCUAUGGAACUUAAUGCCAGAAAAGAAAUUACUUGAAAACGAUAAAAUGAAAGCUUCCUGUUCAACCAAUAUGCCUUCUAAGCGUUAUAUCAAACGUUACAAACAACGAAAGUGAUUUUUGAAAAACUGUUAGGCUAACAAUUUCAAAACCCUUGAUUGCAAUUUGUUUGAAUCUUCUUCAACUUUGUCCAUCGUUACCUUCUUUGUAUUUUCGUUGUUAUUUAGAUCUUUCUUUUAGCGUAGUAUGGGAUGGGAAACUUUAGCUGUACUAGGUCUGGUGUAGGGUAAGGUUUCCAGGGUCCUAGCAGUAAAUCCCCACCCAAAAAUUCCUAAAGUACCCCCACGGAUCGUAAUACCAUACAAUUUCACCCACAGUCAGUGUGACAAUAAAUCUUUCCAUAGCUGGUCUAGAGUGAAAGUAUAGACAAUUAUAAUUUAUAAUUUUGAAACAUUGAUUUUCCUUUACAGAUGUGUAUUGUCAUUUAUUGGAGUGUAUUACAUUACAUCUGAGAGAAAACAGGAGGAGUCAGAAGAGCAGUUGCUCCUCACAAAUGCCGACCUGUUUCCUGGUAUGUUUAGCAUUGGGUUGCAGGGGUUUCAAUAAGCACCGACCACCGACCAAACGCGUCGGCUACUUUGCUCAUUAAGGUCGGCUACUUUUUUCUAGAAAGAAGAAGCAACUAGUUUGAAUAACGUUGUAAACAAAAAAUAUAUCAUAACAUCUGAAUGAAGACGUAAUUAUGAUGUGUUUUCAGAAAGGCCCACUGGUUUUACCUUAUGGUUUAGUCUUGUGAACGAUAUAUUUCAGUCAUUUUUUCGCAAGUUUCUUUAUAGGUUUACGCAGAAUUUGUUUACGUGGAAAAGUACUUAAUUUAAUUUUCAUCAUUGUCCAUUGCCUCUAGGAAUUAAUCGUGUGACUGAUAAAUUGAAAGCUACUUUUUCUUCAAUUAAAAACACGCCCUUUCCUCCUCAAAUUUAGUCCCCAGAAUGCUGAAAAUCGCAUUUUAGGGUUUUGGAAUUUCAAAGUUUUGCUGGGGCAGAACGCGCCCAGACCCCCUUCUCUUCCCCCCCUCCCCCCUCCCCCAUAAUAAACGGCAACUAACGGCCCCUUGUUGAUACGGUCGGUUACUCUAUUCAAACCUGCUGGCUACUUCAAUUUUUAUUGAAACCCCUGAGGUUGGGUAAACUGAGAUGAACUCAACUAUUCUUUCUUUGUGCCUUUAAAGGCCGAUUUACACGGUACAACUCUUUCGUAUGCACUUACGAUAGGAUUACAACAAGAGUUUCAUUGUCCCCUUUUCGACUUCUGCAGCACAAUUCAUUGUACCUCUUUAAAUACCUUUUUAAAAACUCUGCCCUCAAAACACAAUACAUAUGCUUUAUUUACCAAGCGUCAGGUCAAGAUGGCGGUAUACUGGCCAGGUUCUUUUUUGGUGUGAGACGAAGUUGAGGUCAAUAAAAGCGUAAAACAGAACGAGGCCAGUAUCCAGCCAUCUUGACCGAACAAACUUAGUCAAUAGAGAAUUUAUUAUACCGUGAAAAAGAGAAUUUUUUUUCUUGCGGGACCAAGGCGGGAAAUCCCGAGCGGGCAAGAUAGUCCCAUCUUGCCUGCUCGGGUAGCCAAUCAGAACGCAGGAUUCGCGGAUUCAGCCAUGUAAUAAAUUUGCCUUAUCAACCAACUGUGAGGUCAGGAUAUCUCGAUGUUGGCCAAGGUCCAUAAAAACGCCAAAAAAAAAAAAAAGAAGAAGAAGAAUGAUCCAAGAAGAAACCGUUUUUGCUCACUUGUCGAUCCGCGAUUAAAUUAGACUACGAGUAGUCCCCCAUUUUUCCUCAGGGAUAGUAGAGCGAACAAAACGCGAGCGCGCGUGAAAAUCAACCCACGCGAGAAAAGGCGACACGCGACGAGGAGAGAGAAAAAAGUGUCGCCUUUUCUCGCGUGGGGUGAUUUUCACGCGCGCUCGCGUUUCGCUCGCUCUACUAUCCCUUCGGAAAAAUGGGGGACUACUCGUAGCCUACGAUUGAAUGAGAGGUUAUUUUUCUUGUCAGGAUUCUUAUCCUUGUCGUCAUCAAAGCUUAUUGCAGUUCAGCCAAGCAAUAUGUUGACGGCAUCUCAUGUUGAGUAUCCCAUGCUGCCUGGCAAGCCUACAUAUGAAUCAACCGCUGACACACAGCAGUCUCAGGGAGAAACGUAGUCCGCGCCGCUCAGGUCAGCGUUGUCGUGGAACAGCAGGGGUCAAUUUAAUAUAACUUUUACAAGUGUAAUUUACAAGUGUGGCUAUUGUUUUCAGACUCUAAAACAAUGGCUGCACUUGUAAAUUACCCUGGUAAAAGUUUUAUUAAAAUUGACCCCAGAAUUCGUUAAUUAAAUUAUAUCUGCUUUAAACGUGAUAUUCAUAGGGUUUUUUUUAUAUAUAAAAAGGUGGUUUUUUCCUUUUGCCCUAAAUGCGCGUAUAUGGAAAGUAGAAUAUGGAUCCAGUAGUAAAUUAUUUGUUUCAAUUGUGUAACGUUGUAUACAAACUUCUCCACUGUGGAAAAGUUUAACUUAAAUGGGUUAUUGAAGAUCUCUGAAUCAGAUAGGCUCGAGAAUUCAGUAGGGCAGUGAAGAAAACGUACAUAAUGCAGAGCUGCAAAGAGUCGGCCUUUGGACAAUGUCCGACGAAAGUUGGCCCAUCUCCGAAGAAAUUCUAUCUGCGGCCAGACCUGUAGGGUUGUUCAGUGAGGGUCACAAAAACCUGGGUUUUGUCCUCUCUAGAAUUCAAUCGCGCUUUGUUGUUCAUAGUAGGGUCUUUAAGAUCCAACGACGCGACCGCAACGAGAACGUGAAAAAACAAUAGGUUUAGUAAGCAAAACAACAACUUUGCACGUGCAUUACACUUUUGGUACAUUUCUUUGCCGUUUCUGCACGACUACGACGUGAAAAUGCCUAAUUUCGCGUCUUAAGGUGAUGUUACACGGGACGAUUCACAACGACGAUUUUUAGCGCAAUACAGCGCUGCAAUGUUGG